GUACGAUUUUUGGUCAACUAUCACCGGUCCUCUCCAGUACUGCCUCUGCCUCUCCUCAGAAAAUCUCGUCCUUUUCUCCCUCACCCAGAAUGCGGUACACAGAAACUGACCCUACAUCCCUGACAGAUGUCUCGAUGGACGAGGCUAUUGUAGAUGCACUUCUAGACGCAAGCGAACGAGAACCAGGUCCCUGGCAUGUUCUCGAUGUUACCACAGACGAAUUGGUGCAGAAGAUCGUGACGGUGCUCUCCAAAUCAGAUAUAUACGACCAGUUAUCAGACCUAACUGUUGACCAAGCACAAUCCACGUUGAACUUCCUCCAGGAUCUCCUCGAUAUACGGGGUCUUCCAUUGUCAUACAAGCGCACUUUUCUCAAGACUUCCCUCAAGUUGUCACGUGUGUACGACUGCGUACCUAAGUGUCUCAAGAUCAGAGACUUCAAAAAGACAGGCGAUUAUCCGUUUGCUCGGGGGCAUUUUGGUGACUUGUGGAGAGGUGAGGUCGAAGGAACGGAAGUUGCUGUCAAACAAGCAAGAAUAUUCACAAGUGAUAAUAAUAUCGAGAAAGUCAUGCGGAAAAUAAGACGAGAGGCCAUUAUAUGGGGUCAGUGCGAUCACCCUAAUGUACUACCUUUCUACGGCAUUUACCGCGAUUCCGCUACUUCACCUUACUGCCUCGUGUCGCCAUUCAUGGUUAAUGGACCUCUUCAUCAAUAUUUGAGCAAUAAUGAUAAUCCUAAUCGGCAAGGACUCGCUCUAGACAUUACAAGUGGCAUGAACUACCUACAUAAAUUGUUCAUCGUUCAUGGAGACCUUAAAGGGGAUAACAUCUUAAUUACCAAUGACCGUAGAGCGGUUAUUGCGGAUUUCGGUAUAUCCUUCGUGGUGGGUGGUACGAUCUUUGGAACUUCAUCAUCAUCGCGGAAGGGUGGUACCGUAAAAUGGCAGGCUCCAGAGGUGCUCGAUGGGAGUCCCAACAGCUUUUCAGCCGAUGUAUAUUCACUGGCUUGUGUAUACUUUGAGGUAUUCGAUGGGUCAAUACCCUGGAGCAGCCUAACAGAUGGUGCCGUUAUCAUGAAUGUCAGCGUUCGGAAGAAGCAUCCUCCACCCCCGAAACACCUGGCGGAGACUAAACUUCCUGAUUUAUGGUGGGAACUCAUGAUGAGAUGUUGGGCUUAUAAACCUUCGGACCGACCAACUCUUCAAGAUCUCUUAGAGUCUCUUCAUGAGACAGGCAAUACCCUACCUCCUGCGACGAAAUGGGAUAAAUCUGCCCCGGCGCGACUUCGUGACCCUCUAGACCAAAGCAAAUUAGUUAUACCUUCGGACUUACCGCCAUUUUUGAACGUUUAGGGUAUCUUCUCUUUGAUUGAUCCCCCGAACAGUAUUACUACCAAGUAGAACGAAAUAAGGCCAGUAGCUACAUCUUUUCGCACUCCAUACACCUGUCCCUCAUCCUACAUAUAUACUUACGCGUUGUUC